GAGGUCUCACAGUCUGCAGAGGCUGAUCAUUGAGCCUCAAACAGUUUGUGUAUGCACGUGGAUUUUGCUGGCCAUUUUGUUUUGUGUUGAGAGUACUUUUCUCUGGAUCCAUGAAGCCCCCAGUUCUUCUUCUCUGUGUUCUGCUCUUCUGUCAGAGCUGGGCUUUUGAGUUUGUCAUCGAUGGGGAGUGGGAAAGUGAAACAUCAGGUCCUUUGGAUCAGUAUGACCAGUCUGGAAGAUACAGGAGGAACAUUUUGACCAGUGACGAGGAAGAGGAUUUUGAGGCGAUUCAGGGGAAUGACAUCACUGUUAAGAGCUAUAAGGUGGAGAGUAGGAUCACGUCCCGGUUCGCUCACACCACAGUCAAGAGCUCUGUGGUUAACUCGGGCCCCAAUGCCCAGAGCAUCAGCUUCAACGUGCAGAUCCCCAAACGGGCCUUCAUUAACAACUUCACCAUGAAUGUAAAUGGAAUCACAUUCGUUGGUUCGGUGAAGGAAAAGACAGCGGCGAGGAAACUUUACGCUCAAGCAAGAGCCCGUGGGAAAGCUGCUGGUAUUGUCAGAACUAACUCUCAAGAAAUGGAGACCUUUAAGACAGAGGUGCAUGUUCUUCCUGGCAGCAAGGUGGAGUUUGAGCUACACUAUCAGGAAAUGUUGCAGAGGAAGUUGGGCAUCUACCAGCACACUUUACAUAUCCAACCUGGACGCCUGGUUCCACUGCUACAAGUUGACGUGUAUAUAUUUGAGCCCAAAGGCAUUAAGUUUGUAACAGCCCCUAACACUCUGGGAGAGCAAUUUUCCUAUUUAACCAAAGUCACACACACAAAAGACAAAGCCCAUGUGGUGUUCAAACCAACCCUAAUGCAGCAGCGCAAGUGUGAAAACUGCACAGAAAGUGCUGUGGAUGGCAUCUUCACUGUAAAAUAUGAUGUGGAGAGAGAGAGCAAUGCUGGAGAACUACAGGUGUCCGACGGUCAUUUUGUUCACUUCUUUGCUCCGUCUGAUCUCUCACCUCUCUCCAAAAACAUCGUCUUUGUCAUUGAUGUGAGCGGCAGUAUGUGGGGACUGAAGAUGAAACAGACAGUUGAGGCAAUGAAGGCUAUUCUGGAUGACCUAUCAAUGGAUGACUACUUCAGCAUCAUAGACUUUAACCACAACGUCCGCUGUUGGAGAGAUGAUCUGGUCCAAGCUUCCUCCAUCCAGGUGGAUGAAGCCAAGAAGUACAUCAAGAGCAUAAAACCCAAUGGAGGCACCAACAUCAAUGAGGCUUUACUUAGAGCUGUGCAGAUGCUGGUGAGAGCAUCCAAUCAGGGAGUGAUCGACCCACGCUCUGUGUCUAUGAUCAUCCUGGUGUCUGAUGGAGACCCAACAGUGGGAGAAAUAAAGUUAAGCACUAUUCAGAAGAAUGUGAAGCGUGUGAUGAGGGAGGAGUUUUCUCUCUUUUCUCUUGGUAUUGGCUUUGAUGUGGACUUCGACUUCUUGGAGCGAAUUGCCAUGGACAAUAGGGGCAUGGCCCAGAGGAUCUAUGCCAAUCAUGAUGCCUCAGAGCAAUUAAAGACAUUCUACAGUCAGGUCUCUGCUCCUCUCCUGAGGACGAUCACUAUCAACUUCCCAGAGAGUGCUGUGAGUGAUGUGACCCAGAACCAUUUUGAUAAAUUCUUUAGUGGUUCUGAGCUGACAGUUGCUGGAAAACUCCAUCCGACAGAUCUCACCACACUGCAGAGCUUCACCACCGCCUCUGCUACUAACAUGGACCUGAACAUUCAGACAGAGGCAGAUGUUCAGGAGUUGGACUCUGUGCUCAGCACACAGCAGCAUUCAUUCACUGGCUUUGCCCGGCAGAUGUGGGCCUACAUGACUGUCAAUCAACUACUAGCCGAACGCUCUCUAGCUCCUACUGCAAAUAAGAAGCGUAAGAUUACCCAGCAGAUCAUAGCUCUGGCUGAGGAGCAUCAGUUUGUGACCCCUUUUACGGCCAUGCUUGUGGAAAGUCAGGACCAGGAGAAUACAGAGAGACUGAUCGCCGACUCACCCAUAGACCCCAAACAUGGCUGCUGCUCGGCCACCACACCAUCAUCAGGAUCAGUGUCAGUGCAGCAGGUAGUCUAUCAAAAUCCUCCAUGGGUUCUGCCUACACCUGCUCCUACACUCGGAGAAGCAACUGGAGCACAUCAAAGUAUCUUUCCUGUUCGCAUCAACCUCGUUGACAAUGACCCUCACUUCAUCAUCCACCUGCCUAAAACCAACAUGGACAUCUGCUUUAAUAUUGACUCCAAACCUGGACACAUCCUCAACCUGAUUUCUGACCCUGGAAUGAUCACAAUCAAUGGUCAGUUGGUGGGGUCUAAGAAGAUGAAAAACAACAAAAUAUAUACAUAUUUUGGCACCAUCUCCAUAUACUCUAAAACAGACGAUGUGCAAGUCAUAGUAGGAACCAACAGAAUUGACCUGAUGGAGGGCAAGAACAAUCACUCCUUCUCUUGGGGAGCAACAGCUGAGCUGAUGCUCAACAGGAUCAAGGUUGCCAUAGUGAAGGAGCAACAUGUUAACGUGACGAUUGAUGGGGGUAUUUCAGCGAUGGUGCUAUUGCAUCGUGUUUGGAAGAAGCAUCCUGUACAGGUGGACUUCCUGGGCAUUUACAUGCCAAACAACAACAAAUACUCCCCAAAGGUUCAUGGUCUCAUCGGUCAGUUUGCAAAUGAGCCAAAGGUGAAGGUGUAUGCGGUGCAUGAAGGUACAGACCCAACAAAGAAAGAAGCCAUAAUGGAGGUGAAAGGCAACAAAAUGGCUGUCACUAGGGGUUGGCAGAAGGACUACAGAGGUGACAAGAAAAGAGGUUCAGAUGUCUACUGCUGGUUUGUUCAUAACAGUGGGAAAGGCUUCAUUGAUGGCAGUUACUCUAGCUAUAUCCUCCCUCAGCUGGACAGCUUCCUCCCCUCUCUCUGAGUGUCUGUGUGUUCAAAUGGUUGAGAAAGAGGCUGAUUGGUAGAAAACUGUCAUUUUAUACAAGAAAUCACAAUUACAACAAACCAUUUUAUGAAACUUGCCACAUGGCAAUUAAAAAAAGGCUUCUUUUUUAAUAUUAGAAGAAAUAUAUAACAUGGGGGAAAUGGUUCUGUACAUCAAUUCAACUGAAACAUUCAAAAUCUGCCAAUUAAACUUGAGAAUAUCAUAAUCUAUUGUGACACUUCUGACACUGCCAUUUACAGAGAAUUUCGCAGAUCACUUAACAGUUUAAAUCUAUGAAUAUUUUAAUUUAUAUUCAACCAUUUACAAUGGCAUCCAAAGAAUACAAUGGACAAAAAUCCCAAUAAAAGCAAGAUCAAUUGGUUCCAUUAUGUCAAUUA